AGCUCCGCAGAUCGUCAGCGAGUAUAGGCUGUUGUUCCUUCACUUUACAAUUUCACUUAAGAACCCAAGCUUAACACAAAAAUAAUAAAAAAUCAAGUAUAAAAAUUUAACAAAAAACAAGGAAGAAAAUCUCAAUAAAACUACUAAUCAAAAGUAAUCCCAGCAUUUGCUCCGUCCUCGAGGUUCGGCGUUAAUUACAAGAGAUUAAAAGACAAGCAAAAGCGAAUUAAAAGCAAAUAACGAAAAAGUCUUCGUUCCCCAAUCCCAAAUCCAGAGAAAAUCUCUCACAUAUAACUAGUGCGUGCAUUUUGAAUCGAGAACUUUUCAAAGUGAAUUUUUUAAGGCAAUACGUCGACGAUAUCCGCAGGAUAAUCGAGGAGAAAAUGUCGCUCAAUCCGAAUGGGUAUAAACUCUCCGACAGGACGGGUAAACUAACAUCAUAUGAUCUCUUGCCUACAACAGUCACUGCAGGAGCUGAGACACGUGAAUUUCUAUUGAAAGUUGUUGAUGUGCUCUUGGAUUUCGUAAAGGCCACCAAUGAUCGAAAUGAAAAGGUGUUGGAUUUCCAUCAUCCAGAGGAUAUGAAACGUCUCCUGGACUUGGAUGUGCCAGAUCGGGCAUUGCCGUUGCAGCAAUUGAUUGAGGAUUGUGCCACCACACUGAAGUAUCAGGUGAAGACGGGACAUCCUCAUUUCUUCAAUCAGCUAUCUUGCGGAUUGGAUCUGAUCUCCAUGGCUGGCGAAUGGUUGACCGCCACUGCCAAUACGAAUAUGUUCACAUAUGAAAUUGCUCCCGUUUUCAUUCUCAUGGAGAAUGUGGUCUUGACCAAGAUGCGUGAGAUAAUUGGAUGGUCAGGUGGUGAUUCGAUUCUGGCACCUGGUGGUUCCAUUUCCAAUUUAUAUGCCUUUUUGGCUGCUCGUCACAAGAUGUUCCCCAAUUACAAGGAGCAUGGAUCUGUUGGUUUGCCCGGCACACUGGUUAUGUUCACUUCGGAUCAGUGCCAUUAUUCGAUUAAAUCCUGUGCCGCUGUCUGCGGUUUGGGUACAGAUCAUUGCAUUGUUGUGCCCUCAGAUGAGCAUGGCAAAAUGAUUACAUCCGAAUUGGAGCGUUUGAUCUUGGAGCGCAAGGCCAAAGGAGAUAUCCCAUUCUUUGUGAAUGCCACCGCCGGCACUACGGUUUUAGGUGCAUUUGAUGAUAUCAAUGCCAUUGCGGAUAUUUGCCAGAAAUACAAUUGUUGGAUGCAUAUCGAUGCUGCUUGGGGUGGUGGCCUAAUGAUGUCCCGCAAGCAUCGUCAUCCCAGAUUUACUGGAGUUGAGCGAGCCGAUUCGGUUACCUGGAAUCCACAUAAACUGAUGGGAGCUUUACUCCAGUGCUCGACCAUUCAUUUCAAGGAAGAUGGUCUGCUCAUCAGCUGCAAUCAGAUGUCGGCCGAAUAUCUAUUCAUGACCGAUAAACAGUAUGAUAUUAGCUAUGAUACUGGCGAUAAGGUCAUCCAAUGCGGUCGCCAUAACGAUAUCUUUAAACUGUGGCUACAAUGGCGUGCCAAGGGCACCGAAGGAUUCGAACAGCAGCAGGAUCAUUUGAUGGAACUGGUGCAAUAUCAAUUGAAACGCAUACGGGAGCAAUCCGAUCGAUUCCAUUUGAUUAUGGAACCCGAGUUGGUGAAUGUCUCGUUCUGGUAUGUGCCCAAACGUUUGCGCGGUGUGCCCCAUGAUGCCAAAAAGGAGGUGGAAUUGGGCAAAAUCUGUCCCAUCAUCAAGGGACGAAUGAUGCAGAAGGGCACUUUAAUGGUCGGCUAUCAGCCCGAUGAUCGACGUCCAAAUUUUUUCCGUUCGAUCAUCUCAUCGGCUGCCGUAACCGAGGCUGAUGUUGAUUUUAUGCUUGAUGAAAUUCAUCGUUUGGGUGAUGAUUUGUAAGCGAAAAAAAAUCGUUAUCGAAUGGCAUUAAAAACCAAGAAGUAUCUUUAAGGUAACAGCAUAUCACUGAGGGAGAAUGAAGUAAAAUGAAUUGAUGAAAAUGAGAAGAAAACCCAAAAAGAAAAACCAAAAAAAAA